CGUUAGUUAAACUUCCCACCAAAUAAAAUCCUCCAUUGUUGAUCUUCAAAAAGAAUCAUGGGAAGAAACAUCUGCAGACUCAUCGUUGCUGCAAUAAUAAUAAUCUUUCUUAGCAUUCUGAAGUUCCAUGUUUCAAUAGCUUCUGUGGUUUCCACUGGAGAUUUCAACAGAGAUUUCUUCGUGGCAUGGGGCCCUACCCAUGUAAUUACUUCCCCAGAUGGCCGAUCAAGAAGCUUGAAACUCGACCGUGCUUCUGGAAGUGUAAUGGCAACCAAGGAUAUGUACUUGUUCGGUCAGUUCGACAUGAGGAUUAAACUGAUUCCUGGGAAUUCUGCCGGCACUGUCGUGGCAUUCUAUUUAACCUCGGACCAGCCGAACCGUGAUGAGUUGGACUUUGAAUUCCUGGGAAAUGAACCCGGGAAGCCAUGCAUUCUUCAGACCAAUGUUUUUGCUGAUGGGUAUGGCAACAGAGAGCAUAGGAUUAGGCUGUGGUUUGACCCAACCAAAGACUUCCACACCUAUUCUAUAUUAUGGAACCUCCACCAAAUCGUGUUUAUGGUGGACUGGGUACCGAUAAGAACAUACAGGAACCAUGUAGAUAGAGGGGUGGCAUAUCCGAGGUGGCAGCCAAUGGGGCUGAAGCUCAGCGUAUGGGACGGCGACAGCUGGGCAACUGAGGGAGGAAGAGUGAAAAUAGAUUGGUUAAAGGCACCCUUCAUAGCCACAUUCAGGGACUACAGGAUUGAUGCCUGUGUGUGGGGAGGGAAUCCCAUAUUUUGCUGGUCAGGUGGCCUUGCAAAUUGGUGGAAUAAUGAGAGAUCAAGCACUUUAACAUGGGCUCAAAGAAGGCUGUUCAGAUGGGUCAAAAGAUACCACGUUAUCUAUGAUUAUUGCAUGGAUUUCCGAAGAUUUAAGAAUUCCCUCCCAAGAGAAUGCUUCCUUCUCGAGUAUUAAUCAUGACGAUACGGUUACCAGAGAAAUUUCGAUUUUUAUGAUAUUAUUACUCUAUAAUUUAAGAAUAAAUAGGUUUUCACUUUCAUUUUCCAA